AUGGUUCAGUUUUCCACUGAUGCUCCUGCAGCCCAGGUUUCUCGGCUAGCACUAUUAGCUGGUGAGACAAACUCCCAGUUCUUUGAUGCAGACAGGGUAAUGGUGUUGGAUGAUGAUUACGAGAAGGUGUUACCUUCGGAACUCGCUACAUACCCCAAGGUCUCGCAUAGACCACUUGUUUGUGCAGCCAAUAUGUGUGUAUCUAGUACCUCUCGCACAAGAGAGGGUAUUAUUUCAGUACCAGACAAUAGUAUCCAGAAUGUACUCAUAGAACCCAUCACAGUGCAUAGCUGCAACUGUUCCUUCUAUGAACUCGGCACCUGGCUGACGACCGAUUACAAGCCAAACCCCUUGUCUCGUACGAUCCAGUGGUGGCGACGGUGCAAGUUGGUUCCUCAACCAGAGACCUCACCUGAAGAAGAAAAACAGUAUCCGAUGGUGUCCGGGCCGAGACCUGGUGUGAAAAAUCAGCAUCCGAUGCUGUCUGUACCGAGCUUUGGGGCAAAAAAUCAGCAUUCGAUAUUGUCUGGACCGAGUCCUGGGGGCAAAAAAAAAUAUGCAUUCGAUGUUGUCUAG